GCCUCACUGACUGUGGAAAAGCAACUCUUCGGACUUCCUCUUUGUCCCUAGUGUUUUCUCUCGGAUCCUCAGCAGUGUAGGAUGAUUUAACUUUAUUUCUUCGUUUUCUGGAAUACAAUAAAUUCCAUGUACGAGUAAUUUGUUUCGUAACGAUCACAUAUACAUUUAUAAUAACAAAAAUACAUCCAACGAAAUCUAACACAGGAACCAGCGUCUGGUCUGUUUUAUCCUUCCUUCCUUCCUUCCUUCAUUGCAUGUCCAUUCUGCCAACUCUGGAGGGAUGACGACGUUAGCCAGCUAGCUAUCCGAGGAGCACUUGUGCGAUCAUUAUUAUCUCUAAUUAUUUGGAAUUUGGUUACUCGCGUGAAACAAUGAAUUCACUGCUGUCUAACCCGCAAGGCAACGGGCUGCUUUACGCUGGAUUUAAUCAAGACCAUGGGUGCUUUGCCUGUGGAAUGGAGAAUGGAUUUCGGGUUUACAACACAGAUCCUCUUAAAGAGAAGGAGAAGCAAGAGUUUUUGGAGGGUGGGGUCGGCCACGUGGAGAUGCUCUUCAGGUGUAACUAUCUUGCUCUUGUGGGUGGAGGAAAGAAACCAAAGUACCCAACCAAUAAAGUAAUGAUCUGGGAUGACCUGAAGAAAAAGACUGUCAUUGAGAUUGAGUUCUCGACUGAGGUCAAAGCAGUUAAACUUCGGCGUGACAGAAUUGUGGUGGUCUUGGACUCUAUGAUCAAAGUGUUCACCUUUACCCAUAACCCCCAUCAGCUGCAUGUUUUUGAGACCUGCUACAACCCCAAAGGUCUGUGUGUGCUGUGUCCCAACAGCAACAACUCCCUUCUGGCCUUCCCUGGGACUCACUCAGGCCAUGUUCAGAUUGUUGACCUGGCAAAUACAGAGAAGCCCCCUGUGGACAUCCCUGCCCACGAGGGGGCGCUGUGCUGCAUCGCCCUGAACCUGCAGGGGACCAGAAUAGCAACUGCAUCAGAAAAAGGGACACUUAUCAGAAUUUUUGACACGUCGGCAGGUCAGCUCAUACAGGAGCUGAGACGAGGCUCUCAGACAGCCAACAUUUACUGCAUUAAUUUCAACCAGGAUGCAUCCCUCAUUUGUGUGUCAAGUGACCACGGAACUGUCCACAUCUUCGCGGCUGAAGACGCAAAGAGGAAUAGACAAUCGAGCUUGGCCUCAGCCAGCUUUCUUCCCAAAUAUUUCAGCUCCAUGUGGAGCUUUUCCAAGUUCCAGUUGCCCUCGAGCUCCCCAUGUUUGUGUGCCUUCGGAACAGAGCCGAACGCUGUCAUAGCUAUUUGUGCCGAUGGCAGCUACUACAAGUUCCUGUACAACCAGAAAGGGGAGUGUUCCAGAGACGUCUAUGCUCAGUUCCUGGAGAUGACAGAUGAUAAAAUAUGACCUUUCAACGCCCUUUAGGAGGCACCAUAACGCAGCCUUGUUUUUUUUUUUUUUUUUUCUCUUUCUUCUUCCUCAUUAUCUGGAAGGGACGAGAGGUCCCUCUGCUGCACUUCUUGAAUGACUCUGCUGGAAGACCUUUAGUUGAGCGGAGGACAGAAAACAAAAGACAAGCCGUCUCUGGAUUGGCAGGGCAAUGUGGAUGCUGACUCUUGACUGAAAUGCGAGGGAGAGAGACAAAAAAAAGUGAGGAUUCUGGACAACAGUCCUUUCUUAUGAUGUCUUCCGAUGACUUUCCAGUAGAUGGCUAUUUUUUUAAGUCACAUAGAUAAUUGUGAUUGAGGGAUUUUGUCGACUCACACCACCUAAGUUAAUUCUAGGGAGUGCCUCUAAGUGGACUGAACCUGCAAACACGUCAUGUCACAUGACAUGGCUAGACAAAUGUACCACUGCGUGCACGUGUCUGUGUUUAUGAGCGUGUGCUACUAGCAGGGUCACAAAGAGCAACCAAGCAUACAUACAUACAGCUGCGAGUUCAUACUUUAAUAUUGCAUCCUUCACUCUUUGAACACAAGACUGAAUUAAUUGCAUACCACUGUGCAGGAUGAAGUGAAA